ACAAGACCGAACAGUCAGUCUCUCUUCGUGCUCACUGUCUCUUCCUCUUCCUCCGUUGCUUUAGCCCUGUUUUCUCUUGGAUAAAGGUUAUCCGGUUUCAGACAUGCCUUAUGUUCCUCCACAUAAGCGUCAUUCGAAUGAGCCUGUCAGGCCCUCUCCUGUUCCUGCAUCUGUUUUAAGCAAGUUCAGCAGAAAUCUCCAUUUGGGUGGUCGCAAGAAAACCAAUGAACAACCCGCAAGAAUAGUAUAUGCAAAAGAUCCCAUCUGGAGAUGGUUUUAUGUUGGUUCUGAUGGAACUGAAGACGAGAUUCCUCCAUCUGUUAAGCUUGUGCCUGUUUCUAUAGAUUCUUCUGAAUGGAGAGAUGGAAGAAAGCCUUUGGUGCUGGUGAACACUGAUGUUGGAGAAAGAGAUUCAAAGAUUGGUGCAACCGUGGGCAGUACACCCUGGUUGUCAGUGGCAGAAAAGGUAGAGGAUGACAUUUUCUUGGCAUUUGAGCUGGCUAAGGGUGGUAUGGGCCAUGAUGGUUCAUGGAUGGAAGUAAAACCAAGAUUGGUUGCUCGAUUUGGAAAAAUUCUAUUCAACGAGCACCCUUCAUUUAGUUUGGAAAGUUUGAAAGAUGGGCUAGUGCCUGAAAUAACAGUGAUGAGAUCAAAGAAGUCAUUUUAUGCAAAUGUCCCGGCUUCUUACAUGGAAAACAUCAGGAAUGCAGCUGUGCUGAAGUUAGGAUUUCGUAUGGAAGAGAAGGAUAUAUACUAUGUGAUAUUAUCUGAUGAAACGCGUCCUGGUUCAGCCAUCUCUUGCAAAUGCACUGUGAAGGAAGAUAAAAGGCUCAAUAUGUACAGGGUCGAGGACAAACCUUUGAGGAAUUGUGUUGUUGAUAUCUCGUGCCUUGAUCAUAACGUGGACUUGAGACUCAUGGUCUACUCAAAAAGACAACCGCCUACUCGAACUGACAGUGAGCUUUGUGAUAUUAGAAAACUGAUUGACUCAGCUGUUAUCGAUCCGAAUGUGAAAGGUGGGUUGCGGUGGCCACUUGGGAUGGCUUCAUCAGGCGGCCGGUAUAGCGUCUGUGUCGUGUGGCACCAUGUCAUUACUAUAUACCGAGGCCCAACUCUCAGGCUCAAGGUCAGAGAGGCUGACCGCUUUGAUUUUACGACUGGAACGGGUGAAGCCGCAAGGGAGGUGAAUUUGGUGCUCAAAGGAAUCGGCCAAAAGCUAGAGGAAGAGGAGGUUGAGAGGAGCUCCGUUUCAGACAUGCUUAAAGAUGUUCUGAAGCUGAUAUGGGAUCACUUCUUGUCUGCUGAUCCAUAUCUGGUCUGAUCGGCAUCAAAGUUUGUGGUGUUUGCUAUUUUGUUGCCCUCCUUUUUGGACUUUAAUUUCCAAGUUCUUGGGGAUGUGAGUUGUUGCUGAACUUGUGUUUUCUGUUUUCCCCUUCCAAGUUCAGGUGUGAGAACCGUCAUG